AUGAAGCCGCGGAUUCCAGUGUCAACAUCUGCGUCCGCCCGUCCCCUGGACCUUAGCUUCUUGAAACUGACCACUUUCUGGAUGUUGCAAGCAGGGAAUGUCAUCCAGAGCUUCGGAUACUUCCUACCCUCGACAUUUCUCCCCUCAUACUCCACCACUACCGUCGGUCUGUCCCAGACGACUGGCACAUUGCUCGUUUCCCUUUUCAACGCGACGUCCGUUGUCGGCGGGAUUGCAGUGGGAAUGCUCUGCGAUCGUUUCUCUGUAACAAACAUUAUGCUUUUGUCAUCUGUGGGCUCGGCACUGUCUGUGAUACUCUUCUGGGGCAUGGCAGGGUCUGAGGAGCCCGGCUCUUCGCAAACAGCGAUGGGCCUCCUAAUCACGUUCUCCAUUUGUUAUGGCUUUUUUGCCGGCGGGUUUAGCUCUACAUGGUCUGGUGUCAUCACUCAGAUCAAGCGUGACUCUUCACCAUCCCUGGAGACAGGUUUGGUGUUUGGCCUUCUGGCCGGGGGCCGGGGCAUUGGGAAUGUCAUCAGUGGGCCACUGAGCACGGCGCUGAUCCAAAAGGGUUCUCUUACUGGUGGUCAUGGCCAUGGCGAUACUGGAUUUGGCACUGAGUAUGGAACUCUCAUUCUCUUCACGGGCAUCACGGCAUUUCUUGGUGCGUGGAGCUGGAUGUGGCGGUAUAUCAGCACUGGGGUGCGUCUGGUCGUUUGA